AUGAGUGGCCGGCCAGCCAAUCGGCUCAAUCUGCGGGAAGCCGGAUGCGGCGCGGAGGGACUUUUUCUUUCCGCGCAUCUCAGCAUCAUCGAAGUUCAACUCGAUUUGUCAGUCGACCACCACUUUUCUGGCUCGUCCGGUACCCCAAGAGGGGCCAUUCGGACUGCAUUUUGUAAAGCAGACCAAGAUCAACUCGCCUUGUUCCUGGCUAACAAUCCUGGUGACCUGGGCGGAAACAUCAUCUAUCAGGAAUUUGCUCGAACUCAUCCCAAUCACACCUGGCAGUCAUGGCGAGCCCACUAUAUCUCCAACUCUCUGGUCAUCCAUCAAAUCAUCCGGAGAAUACAAAGAGAAUCGGAGGCCCAGAAAAAUCGACCUCCCCCGAUCAACCUUGCUUCCUCGGUCGGAAAUCCCGAGGUGCCAAGCAAAUCGCCCAUCGAAGAGCUACAACUGAUCAGACGGCGAAGUCCCAUGACGCACAAAGGAAAAAAGAAGGCGUCUUUCCAUCUGUUGGAGAUCGACAGCGACUCGGACGAUUCACCUGGACCCGAACCAAACCAAUCUCCGAAUGAUACCCCUCAAGAAUUCGCCCUGCAUCGAAUCACUCAGGCCCACCAACAUCGUUCCAGAACUCGCGACUGGGUCACCGACCUGGCAUCACCGAGCCAACUAGGUAAAAUCCAAUCGAAUCCGUCCGUCCAUUCCAUUAGUAUGUCGCGUGAAGAGGAACAGAAGUUUUUGCAGUUCAUCUCUGCCUUCCCUCAAGGUGACCUCCGACUGUCUUUAAUGCUUUAUGAAAAGUAUCAUUCACAGAUGCCUAAAUUUUCGGCCGAUGAAUAUCGCGCUUAUUACCUUGCCCACCACCAUCAGAAUAAACCUGGUCGCAAACGGGUGGCCUCUCGGGAGCCCGAAGGAAUCACGCGGGCGAAAGUCAGCAGACUUAACCCUUUGCCCGAUGAUCGGGCCCGAGCCAACUCGAAUGAAUCAGGCAGUCGAAGGACGUUGGUGGACGAUGGCCAAGGAGAUGAAGCGCCCGGAAAACUAACCGACGAGGAAGAUCAUGACGGCUUUGACUCGCUCUCAAUCUCUACGGGGUCUUCGGAUGACUUGGAAUUAGACUACAUUCUGAACUGUCGGGAUUACCCUCAAGUGGCUCGUGCUAUGAACAUUUCGGAAGAAUUGCUGCAUCCUCUUUUGAAGUUUCAAGAGAAUCUUUUUCAGCCCUGGGAGUUCGAUCGUUUCGAGGCAGAGCCAAAAUCUCGCCCAGCUACAGAAGAAUCCGCACAAGGAUCCCCUCUGGUCGAUCAACAACCCCAUGAAUCUCGUUCCGUCGCACAAGAAGAACCAAGACAGGAAUCUCCGCGCGUGCAGGAUCCCACAGCUCGGCCGGCUGUCAAGAAGCAAGCAUCUCGGCCGGCUGUCCAAGACGAAGCAGCUCGGCCGGCUGCCCAGGACGAAACAGCUCGCCCGGGCGUCCAAAAACCAAAAUCUCGUGCAGUUGCCCUUGAACGAGCCCCUCGUCCGGUUUCGCAAGAAUCUCGCCCAGUUGUGCAAGAAACAGAAGAGGCUACCAUUUUGAGACGGGCUGAUUCAUCCGCGUCAACUGAAUCCCGUUCAGGCACACAAGAAGAAGCAAGACAGGGAUCUCCGCGCGUGCAGGAUCCAACAGCUCGGCCGGCUGUCAAGGAGCAAGCAUCUCGGCCGGCUGUCAAGGAGCAAGCAUCUCGGCCGGCUGUCCGAGACGAAGCAGCUCGGCCGGCUGCCCAAGACGAACCAGCUCGCCCGGGCGUCCAAGAACGAAAAUCUCGUGCAGUUGUCCUUGAACGAGCCCCUCGUCCGGUUUUGCAAGAAUCUCGCCCAGUUGCGCAAGAAACAGAAGAGGCUACCAUUUUGAGACGGGCUGAUUCAUCUGUGUCAACUGAAUCCCGUUCAGGCACACAAGAAGAAGCAAGACAGGGAUCGCCGCGCGUGCAUGAUCCAACAGCUCGGCCGGCUGUCAAGGAGCAAGCAUCUCGGCCGGCUGUCCAAGACGAAGCAGCUCGGCCGGCUGUCCAAGACGAACCAGCUCGCCCGGGCGUCCAAGAACGAAAAUCUCGUGCAGUUGUCCUUGAACGAGCCCCUCGUCCGGUUUUGCAAGAAUCUCGCCCAGUUGCGCAAGAAACAGAAGAGGCUACCAUUUUGAGACGGGCUGAUUCAUCUGCGUCAACUUCGGACCAGACUUCACGACGGAGCUCGUUCAAGCCAGCCAGAGCUCCCGCAUCAGUCCAGGAAGCAAUCGAGCUUAUGUGUAUCUUUAUAGAGGAUUUUGGGGACCUCUAUUCGCACGCUGACGCAGUCCGACUUCUGAACCAAUGUGGCGACUGGUCGAUGAUGUUCGAAGUAGCCACAUUAAGAAGACUCGAGCAGGAAUUGCAGCAUGACCCGAGUGGCACGAAUGGGCACGAUGAAGACGCGCUCGACCCAGAUUACGCGCACCGGGUUCAAAACCUCGUUUGGACUGCUGAGGAGGAUGAACUGAUCUCACAGGAUCCUCCUCAGACAGAUGCUGACACCCAAUUGAGGCGCAAAAAACUUUUGGAAAAGCGAAGCGCACAAGCUAUUAAAAACCGUAAAGAAUUUCUACAAUUAAAGAAAAACUCCAUCCAAUAA